GCCGAUAACGGCAACAUUGUUUUCGACUAUUUAUAUUUAUGUGUUUUAUUUUCUUAGUGCUAAAAUUACAAAAUAAGACUCAUGUCAACCAGUAACAACAACACUUGGAGCCGCAACCAGCCCCCCCAGGGCAUCUCCUGGAGUCCUCGGCCUGAGCCGUGGGAGUUCAUCCCCAAAUGGCCAAUUCCCACCACCCCACACGGCACACCCGCGACAUCUCCCACGAGAAGCGAGAUCCAUAUAGACUUGCCUGAGAAUAGUGGACUUCAGACUCAGGCAAACCAUGGGAGUACCAAAGACAGGGAGAGUCUAACAGAGACAAUAAAGUCAGAAGAGGAUGAGUAUCCUGUACUGUAUAUAGAUCUGCCUGAACGUGGUCACAGUGAUGUGAGUCAGAGAAUCCAGGAAGGCCCAUCAUCACCGCCAUCACGCCCUAUUCGGCCAACAUAUCUGCCUAUACGGCCCGCCGGGUCGUCAAGUAAGGUGGAUUUAGACGAGAAUCCAGUAGUGUACAUAGAUUUACCAGAAACAAGCAACAGCGAUGUCUGUGAACCGAGACGUACAGAAGCUGAAGAAAAUCCACCCUUCAUUCAGGACACCAUACUUUACGACCAAUUCAAGGACAGGCGGAUACAAAUACCAAAUACGCCAGUGGAUCAGAACACCGCCAGUGCUUACAGCAGUUUAUCAUCAGGAGAGACCCACUCGUCCAACAGAUUGCUAACUCUACACAACUACCACUCCCUACCCUCACCUGAAUACACAGGAAACACCGCCACAACACAGACCGUGCCAUCACCUACUGAAUUCAGAUCCAUCACCAGUCACCAAGUCACACCUGAUGAGCACCGGUUUCCUCCACAUAUGCAGAUCAAUUACCCUGAUCCUCCACCCCCAUACUCGCCCACUAACAACCCAGUGAUUCUACAACAACCAGUGAGUUCACCGACAUCAAUGGUCCUUCCAGAACAUUCGAGAACAAUUGUCAUUACUGAUGGAUCGCAGCAGCAUAUAGUGCCCCAAGUUCCCGGAAGCAGGAAGUAUAUAUUCUGCCACCAUUGCAGAUUCAAUAUAAACAGUUUGGUGAUACACGAGACUGGGUUUAUAACUCAUAUUUGGGCCAUCGUGUUAAUGAUGUGUGGAAUGUUCCCAUUCAUUCUACUGAUAUACUGGGGCAACUGCUGCAAAUACAAAAACCACUACUGCCCUCACUGCCACAAGAAGAUAGCAUACGUCAGGCCUUGUGGCUGUGACAGAAUUACUGUAAUCAAAUGACGUCCUUGUAUUAAUUGCUACAUUAAUAUAGGUUGACGUCACUACUACGUCUGAUAUUUUUUUACAAUGGUUUUUAUUUUUUUACAAUCCUUACUAAUGUUAUAAACGCGAAAGUGACUGUCUGUCUGUCUAUAUCGCUUUCACGCCAAAACUACUGAACCAAUUUAAAUUAAAUUUGGUACACAGAUAGUCUAGACCCUGAGGUAGGACAUAGGUUACUUGUUAAUGCGAAAAAAAGGUUGUAAAGGGUUGACAGGGGAGAUGGAAGUUUGUAUAGAAGUAUUGUCAUUUUGAA